CUCAAGUCGGUUUGUUAUCUCCACGUGCCACGCUAGUCUGGCUCUGGCACUGCCCUGCAGGUCGUUUCUUGGCAGCAGCACCCAGGGGCACUGAGUGAAGCGUGUUCGGCGCGACCCGAGUGUCGAGUGUCGAUGGAUAGGCAACCCGCUUCCCCAUCGCCAUGUCGAUUCAACAGCCGCCGGACAAUGGCGCGGGGCAUUUCGAAAGCCCAGCCGUCACUUCAGAUUCGGUGACUGCCAACUCCAAAGAUGGAGCGCAAGUCAAAAAGCAGCCACCGCCCGAGAAGGCGUCCGACGUACGGCGACGGAGCCACAUCAUCCUCUCUUUUUGGCUGAUCAUACUGCUGCUCGGAUUGCCAAUAUGGUGGAAGACAACCACCAUUUACCGUGCCGACCUCCCUCUUCAGGAGAUGCUGGAUUGGUCUGACGGCAAGGCAUGUCGACCCGUCUUCCCCCUCCGCAUCUCCAUCCAAGCCAAUUCGCUCCAAGAGCAGGAGGCCCAGAACCUCCUCCGCCUCACCCAGCACGCUCUCGACGACCUCAAUGACUUCUCCGGCCACCACUUGCGGCUGCAGCUAGCCCCACCGUCAGCGACUGAGCAUCACAACCGCGAGAGCGUCUUGACCAUCCGGCUAGUCCCGGGGGACGCGACCACGGCCAAGUUCGAUCCCCACGAGCCAAUCCUCGACAUCACAUAUCCGUCGAACGCGAUUCCGUCGCCGACCUCCUCCUCUUCUCCCCUCGCCACGUAUGUAGCCGGCCAGCUGCGGUCGACGUUCGCCGAGGAGCAGGCCACCAUCUCGUACCUGCUAUCGACCAACUCGAUCCCUUCGGACCAUCGUCCACAAGGGCUCUCGUCAGACAUCUCCGACUCGCUUUCCAAGCGUACGAGCCGAUCGUUAAAAUACGCGCCGACAUACCACCUCACCUUCUCGCUCUUUACAAGUGGGCCGCUGCCGAGCAGCUGGGAUAUUGACGGGGCAAUCGGCGAGUAUAUGAAGCCUGUGCUCGAUGUGCUCUCGCCGAUCCACAACUUUACCAUCGACACGCAAGUGCAGCUCUAUGCGACGCCGGGCGUUCAAAACCAGGUGCUCAACAAGGAGGAUCUCUCUUCAUUUAUCAACGCUGCCGAGUGGCCGCUCUCGCCGUCUAUCGGAGGCGCACCCACGGUUAACUUUAUCGUCUUCGUCGGGGAUCAAACAAUUGCAGCACCGGCGCAAAGCUCGGAGGAAGAUGGCGCGCCCGAGCCCUCGUCCCACUCGUGGAUGAUGCCGCAAUGGGGCACCGUCUACCUGCUCCCCCUCCCCAACGACACCAGCCACCUCUCGGUCGAGGCACUCAAGCAACCCCUCCUCACCUUCACCUCGCACCUCCUCUCACUCACCGGCACCCCACAAUCCGGCUCCCUCCCCCUGCGCCUCUCAACCCUGUCGCGCAUCCGCUCCGCCGACCUCCUCCUGCGGGCCUCGUCGACGCUCGGCUCCCUCGCGCGCCUCUCGCUCGCGCUCCCGUCCAUCUCCAUCCCCAGCCGCGUCGCCGACGGCGUCUCCAAGACGAUGCACCACCUGCGGCUGGCGUGCGAGACGCUGGGCGGGCCCGAGGGCCUCGCCCACGCGCGCAUCGCCGAGGCCGAGGCCGAGCGCGCGUUCUUCGAGAAGAGCAUGGUCGGGCAGCUGUAUUUCCCGGAUGAGCACAAGAUUGCGGUGUACUUGCCGCUGCUGGGGCCGGUCGCGGUGCCGUUGGUUAUGGGCCUGUUGAAUGAGUUGAAGGCGUGGGUGAAGCGGAGGAAGGAGGCGGCGGCGGUGGGGAGGGGGAAGAAGAUGGAGUAGAGCAGAAGAGGGGGGGGGGGGGUUGGUAGAUUGGCGUUGGGUUUCCGGUAUGCUUUAUUUGUGUUAGAGCAAUAAAUACAUGGUAAUUCUGUUAGACUUGUGUGGCUGUUGGAUAUUGGUGUUGGUUGUCGUCGUUGGCUGCCGGGUUGAGGUUCGGGUGAGUCACCUCCGUUUCCUGGUUCAUACUCGCUUGGGGACAACCGCAUAUCCAACAAUCAAGCUGCGGGUUUAGCUCAGUUGGGAGAGCGUCAGACUGAAGUAAAACUUCGGGAACUACAAAUCUGAAGGUCAUGUGUUCGAUCCACAUAAACCGCACACUUCUCUUUUUUCCAUCCGAUAUUUUUGCUCUCAGGCACACAGG